UUUCACUUUGCAGAGCAUGAUGAGGUUCAUUUAGAAGAUACCAUUUCAUCUAUAUGUCAACAUGACAAUGGAAGCAUCAUUUCUGUGUCUGACUCUGACCUCACUGCUGUUCUGCUCAACACACCAAGUUCGUCUGACUGUGAGUCCCAGCAGAUCUCAGUUCUUUAAGGAUGAAUCAGUGACUCUGAUCUGUGAGGAUGAAAACAGCUCUGAUGGAGGAACUGUGAGGAGAAACACAACUGGAGGAACCAGGACUGAAUGUGGAGAUGGAUGGGGGAGAUCAGCUGGUUCUACCUGUGAAAUCGGCUAUUUGUACCCUGAUGACUCUGGCCUGUACUGGUGUGAGUCCAUGUCUGGAUCCUCCAGCAGCAGCAUCCAGCUCUCUGUCUCUGGUGGAUCAGUGAUCCUGCAGAGUCCUGUCCUCCCUGUGAUGGAGGGAGAUGACGUCACGUUACGAUGCCAUGAUAAGACUUUCUCCAAACUCCCAGCUGCUUUCUAUAAAGAUGGCUCCUUCAUUGGUGAUGGACCAUCAGGUCACAUGACCCUCCUCCAUGUCUCCAGCUCUGAUGAAGGCCUCUAUAAGUGCAGCAUCAGCGGUCAGGGAGAGUCUCCAUCCAGCUGGAUCUCUGUGGAAGAUAAACCUACAGUAGCCCCUUCCACCUCCAAAGCUUCACCUCCUGCAUCAAACCCUUUUCAGUUAUUGCUCACAGUGAUGCGUCGCCUGCUGGUCUUCUGUCCGUACAUCAUCUCUACUCUCCUCUUUGUGUCCUUAUAUCAACACAGAUCCCCAGGAUAAAAUGCCAAUGUAUCCAGGAGAGGAGCAGAAAACAGAUAAUCUCCAAAGAAAAUCAUCAACAUUUUUAGUUUAUACUUUUUUCCUUUGGUUUUCAAUUUUGUGGCUAUGAUAGGUACAUGCUCACCUCUUCAAUUGUUUUAUCCUGUACAAUAUUAGUGUAGUCUAUCAUAUAAACAUAAAAAAAAACAUUUUUCUGGACUGGUUUCUCAGAUCCUCUGCAUCAUUAUGUGUGAUUAGAGAACUGCAUGCAGCAUUAUACAUAAAGUUUAGUAAACUGUUACUGUAACAGAUUAAAGGGCUUUAAUAAAUGUCUGCAAAUGAUUAUAUUUCAGCUUUGUG